UGUUGACAAUUAUUUCCGAGUGACAGUUCUUGAUAAUUAUUUUGGAGUGACUUUUUAUUCGCGUCAAUUUCGUGCGUGAUAUUUAUAACUGUAAAAUAAUGGAAAUUUCGAGCGACGAUGAAGUGAGUAGUACCCCACCUAACUUGACAGAUGCGGCCAAUUCAGUAAUUUCAAAUCUUUCACCGGAGAAAUCGAGGCGCAAAUAUGAAAAUGCAUAUCAGCAAUUUAAAGAGUGGUGUGAAGCAAAUGAAGCCAGAAAAAUAUCCGAAAAUGUGCUGUUGGCAUAUUUUGCAGAGAAUUCUAAGAAGCUGAAGUCUUCUACGGUAUGGGCAAUAUAUUCUAUGUUGAAAGCAAAACUGAAUGUUAAAGAAAACGUUGAUUUUGAGAAAUUUACCAAGUUGGUUCCAUAUUUGAAAAAAUUGUCAGUUGGAAACCAUCCUAAGAAGUCUAAGGGGUUGACUAGAGAGGAAGUUGAUCAAUUCAUAAGGAAGUCAGAUGAUGAAACCUAUUUGUUGGUUAAGGUUGUUUUAAGGCCCGGUGCACACAUCCGACUUCUGCAGCAACGACGCCGUUGCGGUGUCGAACCUAUUCAAUGCACACUACAUACUACACCGGCGUGGUUGCGGAGCCGGAUCAAUUCACACUGCCAGUGUGUGUGUGUGUGUGUGUGCGAUCGGCGCUCGAUAUUAGUUAUAAUGGACGACCAUCGCAAAAAAUUUUUUUUGCUUACCUUGUUUACAAGAAGUACAUUUGUAAACAAAACAGGCGUUAUUGGGUUCACCCCUACACGGACUUGAGACUUAUCAGGGGUAGAUUUCAUACUUCUUUCGGAGAUUUAAGAGAAAACCCUGAUAAGUUCUAUAACUACUACAGAAUGUCUGUGAAAUCAUUUGACGAGCUUGCAGCGAAGAUAACACCAAAAAUCAGAUUUCAAGACACAUGGAUUAUUUCUUCAAUGAAGAGCUCGAUAUCCAAUUCCCUCUCUGCCAUUGUGUGAACUCAAGACAAAAGUCGUAUGUGUGCGCAGGUCAAUAUAGAUUACUGGAUUAUUUCUUCAAUCAAUAUAGAAAAGAGUACUGAGAGAUCGCAUGUACGACUGCGGCCCAGUUGCGGCCUAGAGGGACAUGCUACGAAAAAACGACCGCAUGAUGGCAGUACCGACGUCGCAACGGCACGGCGGGUAGUGUGCAUGCUCCCAUUUGAUUCUUUGUACCACAGGCCGCAAGUACGACACCACAACGACGUCGUGACUGCAAACGUCGGAUGUGUGCAGCGGGGCUUACGACGCCGCAACGACACGGCUGGUAGUGUGCAUGCUCCCAUUUGAUUCUUUGUACCACAGGCCGCAAGUACGACACCGCAACGGCGUCGUGACUGCAGAGGUCGGAUGUGUGCACCGGGGCUAAUACUGGGUAUUUCGGGUGCUUGCCGCCGUGAGGAACUCACUAAAAUGACGGUCGAUGACAGAAGAUAAAAAUUCCAUUUUGAUUGUUAAAGUACCCGAUACAAAAACGAAUAUACAACGAAUUUUUACAGUUUCAAAUUUAGAUUAUAUUAUAUUACCGAAAAUAUGCGGUUCUUCGUCCAAGUUAUGCUACCAGUCGAUGAUUGUUUUUGAAGUAUCAAAAUAAGAGAUAUUUUAACCAAGAUGUUGAAAUAAAUAGUAUUGGAAAGAUGCCUAUAAUAGCAAAACACCUAAAAUAACCAAAUCCUGAUGCCUACACGGGCCAUUGUUUUCGGAGAACAUCAGCCACACUCCUUGCUAAUACGUGUUUUGAAGCGACAUGGAGGUUGGAAUUUUUCGACUGUUGCCGAAGGAUAAAAUUCAAAUAUCAAAUAAAAUUUUAGACUGUGAAAUUUCAGAAUCAAGUGCUGUCACCUCUAAGGCAGUUGCUUGCAAAUCAAAAAUGGAUAGUCUUCCAACUCCCAAAACUACGAUAUCACGAGCUGAGUUAUCUGGUUUAGGAAUAAAUAUUGGUUCGUGCACUGGCUGCACCAUUAAUGUUAACAUUGUAAAUAAUAAAUAAAAUUAGGUAGUGUUAAAUAUUCUCACAAUUGGAAAGCCUUAAUUAUUGUUAUACAUUAAUAAAUAAGGGAGAGGGAGGCACAUGUGGACAUUUUUCAUAUUAUUGGAAUUUUAUCUGUGAAAAAAUGAUUCCAUUCAAUUAUUAUUUUAACCUUCAACUAAGAACAUGUGUUAUGCCAUUUAUACUGAAAUUUAAAUAUUUUAUCUUUAAAAUCUUUUCCAGCUACAA